AUGAAGGGGCUGAGCCGCCUGCUCCGCGGCGAGCGGGAGGCCGAGCGGGGACCCGCGGAUGUAAACCAUGAAAACUUGUUGCCAGAUGAGAGACAAUUUCAUUAUGCUGCUAAAAUGAACAAUUUGGAUACCAUGGAAAAGCUGUUUAAAAAGAAUGUUAAUAUAAAUGCUGUAGACACUCUGAAGCGCACCGCAUUCCAUUUUGCUGUUGCCAGAAGUCAUGUGUCAGUGGUGGAUUUUCUUCUCCAUCACAAAGCUAGACUUGAUAUGGCAGAUCAGCAUGGCCUGACAGUGAUUCAUCUUGCAGCUUGGACUGGAAAUCUGGAUAUAAUGCGAAAAUUAGUCAAAGCAGGUGCUGAUCAAAAGGCUAAGAAUGAGGAAGGAAUGAAUGUACUGCACUUUGCAGCUCAGAACAACAGCGUUAAAAUAGUUGACUAUUUUCUCCAAGAUCUUCAUCUGAAUGACUUGAACAAGCCUGAUGGGAAUGGUAAAAAGCCAUUUCUUUUGGCAUCGGAGAAAGGCCAUGUUGACAUGAUAAACAGUUUGAUAACUCUGAAGCUCUUUACAUCUGAAAAAGAUAAGGAGGGAAACACAGCAUUGCAUCUAGCAGCCAAAAAUGGUCACAGUGAAGUUGUAGAAAUUCUGCUUGAACAGUGGGAGGAAAUAAAUGACCUCAAUGAGAAUGGAGAAACUCCAUUUUACUUGUCAGUUGAAGGAGGUAAUGAAAAAUGUGCUGAACUCUUACUGGAAGCAGGGAGUGACAUCAACGUUUUAACUCAGAACAAUAGCAAUGCUUUGCAGAUUGCAAUUCAGAAUGGACAUCUAUCUUUGGUUACUUUUCUUAUUGAUAAGAAUAUUGACCUGGUUCCUAAACCUGAGCAGAAGAAUUCCCCUCUCCAUUUAGCAGUCAUCAAUAAUAAUGUACCGGUAGUAAAAAGCCUCUUGGAUGCCAGUCAUGAUAUAAACUCCUUAAAUCAUAGACAGGAAACCCCCCUACAUCUGGCAGCUGAUCUUGGCAAUGUGGAGCUGGUGGAAGUGCUGCUGAAGGCAGGUUGUGAUCUCAAGACCGUCGACAAGCAUGGAAAAACUGCACUAGCUGUUGCAUCGAGGAGCAGUCACGCCCUCAUUGUAGAUAUGAUCAUUAAAGCAGAAAGGUAUUAUGCCAUGAAACAGAAACAUCUAGCUUGUAGUGGUGGUGCGUCAGACUUCGGCUUGUCCUUCAAACAAGAUCAUAGUACACAGACCAAGCAAAUCCGUUCCUCCCUUUGGAAUCUAGCAUAUAACCAAUUAAAACCCCAGGAAUGGAAAAAAAUGGCCCUGUUCUGGAAGUUCACAGAUGAACAAAUUAAAGCUAUUGAAGAACAAUGGACAGGGAAAAAAAGUUACAAGGAACAUGGAAACAGAAUGUUGCUCAUCUGGUUACAUGGUAUAUUGCUGGCUCAUCAGAACCCUGUCAAGCAUAUAUAUGAAGACCUGGUGGAAGCAGGAUUUCAGCCUUUAGCUGAGAACAUCAGAGCUGCAAGUGGCACUAAUACGGACUCCAGAAAAUGUAAAAUUUCAUGA